AUGGCACACAAUCCGCCAAAAGACAACCAACCCCGUCAAAAGGCCAGCGCAAAGCGUGUCAAACGCGAGCCAAAGUCCCAGCACACCAACCCUCAACCACAAGUAUUCAAACCAGCUCGUCAUCCGAAAGCAUUACCCUUGAAAGGAGGCAUGGCGAAAAUGAAGAAGACAGCUGCCGCUCGAAGGCGAAGAAAGCUUUUUAGCCAGGAUUAUUGGGAUGAGCAGCCAAAGAUCCAUUUAACUUACACCGCACUUAUGGAGUUCCGCCACCGCGAAGGAACGAUUAGGUGGGGAAACGGUCGUGACGAGACACCAGCACUGGAGACUAGCUGCAAGACUGUCGAGGACUUUGCGAAAAGAGGCGGGCCUGAUCUGACGCACCUCUGUGAUGUAGGCUAUCUGGAACACAACGGUGUGGAGAAACGGCUUGGUAGGGAUCGCGAGCCGUCCAAUAUUGAGUAUCUUCGACAAAUUAUGAGACAAGAUCGGUCCGAUAUGGAUAAUAUGGGUCAGGGAGCGCGGCUUAAUCUUACCAGAUUGAUCACGCAAUACAAGACCAGAACUAACGCGUUGCGAGGUAUCUACUUGAACCUCUUCGGGUACGAAAGUACAGAAACCGAGAACCAUAGGGGUAAGGCUUUAGAGGGAACGAUAACAGCAACGAAAAAGUACUUCUACAACCUCGAUCCCAUAGUGCCACAUAUGAUCUCAGCCAGGCCUGAUCUUGUCGACGGAGCCGAUCCGAAGGACCUCAUGGGACAAGUGAAUGAAGCCGAGGAAAAUGAUGAGAAGGACGAGGAACCUGAGCGAAAAGGAAAAAGAGGAAUUGGGCAGGGAAAGGACAAGGCGAAUGAAAAGGGGAAGAAGAGAGAAAAACAACCAACCAUACACACAAUCCUUGAGAGAUACAUCACCCCCUAUCACCUUUUGGAUGACGUGCAAGAAGACGAAGAAGACCCCAACAAGAUGAUCUUGCCGAACUUUUUCCUCUACAACUUGCUCAAGCAUAACGAUCAAUUUGCUGGGGCACGUGCUGCCUUGCAUAGUGGUGCCCUUGGGGCUCGGGCACUACGUGAGCUGGAGCAGUAUACCAAAGGCAACAUUCCAUUUGAUAGGCGGGCGCAUACAUUUGUUGCUGUGCUUGCAACCACCCAUAUGACUAUUUAUGCUAUUCAUCCGAUUUCGCCGCCUGAAAGAGAACAGAGAGAGAUGGACUUCCAGAUGACGGCGAUCAAGGCUUUCAGGUUUGAUGAUGAUAGUCUCGAUGAAGGUCAGCUCGUCGAAAGAUAUAAGGAUGGGAUUAGUGCAUUGAGAAAUCUCAGGGAAGAGGCACAUCGCUAUCGGCAAAUGCUCAUUCGUCAGGCAAACGGCGACUACGGCGGCGACGACGGCGGCGACGACGACGACGACGACGACGAUGACAGCAAUAAUGAAGACAGUAUUGAAAGCUAUGAUGGGGACGAGGAUAGUGAAGGUGAUAAUAUUGCAGGUGAUGGUAGUGAUGAUGGUGGUGAUGAUGGUGGUGAUGAUGGUGGUGAUGAUGGUGGUGAUGAUGGUGGUGAUGAUGGUGGUGAUGGACGAGGACAAUAUGACGGUAACAUGGAAGAUGGCCGUGACAAUCCCGACAGUGAACCAGCGACGAAAAGGAAGAGUGAACCAAAUUCCGGGGUAGGGAUGAUGGGAUCUUUGUUCAAAAGGCUCAGACGAAGAUAA